AUGGCGUUUCAAUUGCCAACUGCAUAUUCAGGCCCACCUAAAACUAGCAAGAACUCGAUCUUUGCCGCAAACCUCCCGUCUAGGAAGAGUGCAUGUGUUUCUAGAUCCUCCAAAGCGGCGACCAUCCGAUAUACAUCAAGAGACCACCGGAACUACUCCCAAAGAAGGGACCAAGAAGCAAGUGAAGGCGCUCUCGUUGAAGAGAGGAAGCGCGGCCAACAGGACCUUGAAGACGCGAAAGGCCUCUACGGGGGCUCCCAGGAAACCAUCAAAGCUCUUAGCAAGGAGUUUGUGGACUUUACCGUCAGGGUCAUCUUGCAGGGCCGCGAAAUCAAGAAGGAUGGCGCCUCGGUCCAUGUUGUUGCGAUCGUGAAACGGACCGAAGAACUCAAGUCUUGGAUUGAAUUCCUCAAGGUGCCUAUUGACCGGCGUGACGCCGCUCUGAAGGCGGAGUACGAGGCUCUCGAUUCCGUCGUCACGGGAUGUACAGAGGUCGCGGAUGAGAUAGUGAAACUCCUCGACAAAAAUCGCCCUUACAACGGAAGAACGUACAACAUUGAAGAGCUUACACAGACACUAAAAUAUCAUCGACACGAACUGUCGCUGCACUUGCUAGCGCUCAUGAACGCCAAACAUGAUUUGCAGUCCUCGCACUUGGAUGAUCGGCUGAAUGACCUCAACAAAACACAGUCUCGCAUAGUCGAAAUCCUGAACUUUACCCAGAGCCGGUCAAACGCAACCAAGCAUGUAUCGGGCGAGUUGGUCCGGGAAAGAGCGCCCCUGAAGCAAGAAGAGAUCGCGCCAAGACGUAACAUCGAGCGCGUGAUUACUUUCAGAGAGUCUAGAGAUUCUACAGACGAAACAGUGUCUAAUCAUCAGGUCUCUACCCUGUCAAAAGUGGUUCUCGGGUCGCUGUACUUCAGAAUGAUGAGAAUGAGGGUGGAAGCUACUUCCGAGGCACAUUCUGGUACUUUCAGCUGGAUUUUUCAACCGCCCAAGGACGGUAAAUGGUCCGAUUUUGCCAGAUGGCUUCGACAGGGGAACGGCGUCUAUUGGAUUACUGGCAAACCUGGAUCCGACAAAUCGACGCCUAUGAAACAUAUCCUACAAGACCCCAAGAGGGAUGAGCUUCUCAAUGAGUGGAAGGGUCGGGAUGCAUUGGUCAAGGUGGAGUUCUUCUUCUGGGCAUCAGGCACCACUAUCCAAAAAUCGCUGGAGGGUUUACUACGAGCAUUACUAUACUCCCUCCUAGAGCAAUGCGCCGAUAUGAUUCUUUCGGCCUUUCCCAGUGUGUGUAAGGAGAUAAUGGCCGGUAGCCAAUGGGGAGGGUUGGGACUACCUCCGAGGUCCAGCGAACUGACGUUGGCCGAGCUCGACAUGGCAAUCCGGUUACUCGUCGAAAAGAGCAAGAGACUCAAAUUUUGUCUGUUUAUCGACGGGUUGGACGAAUAUUCUGGGGCCCAAGACAAAAUCAUCCAGACAUUCCAGAAAUUGGCAUCGCACCCACACGUCAAGAUAAUCAUCUCAAGUAGGCCGUGUGUUAUUUUCCAAGACGCCUUCCACAACAAACCUCGGCUGCGGGUCCAGGAUCUCACCUAUGCGGACAUUGAGAAAUAUAUCUCUGACUCGUUGAGCAGUUCUCGGGGGCUACAAGAAAUGAAGCGAAUAAACGCCGAGCUAGACACAACUCUUGUCCAAGCCGUAUGCCAGAAGUCUCAAGGCGUAUUUCUUUGGGUUAUUCUUGCGGUUCGCUCACUCCUGGAUGGUUUGAUGAAUGGGGACAAAGUCUCCAUGCUACACGAUCGAAUUGAACAACUUCCAUCCGAUCUUCAGGAAAUGUACACCGGGAUGUUUGAUGCAACCAGCCCAUCGAUGCGUGCUGCUACUGCUCGCACCAUGCUUUUGAUUAUGAGGAACCAAGAGGUACCCAAGGCCGAGCCAGUGACAUUGUUGAAACUGGCUUUGGUGGAAGAAUUAGAGAUGACAAAGGAGAAGAUCAUCAGCCACCCUGUUCAGACGAUACCGGAAAGUCACCGCCGAUCAUUAUGUCAGACCAUGACACGAAGGAUCAACGGGCGAACCAAAGGUCUUUUGGAGGUCUACGGAACGAACGAUGCUGCUUUACGGGGUUCGUCGCCUUCCAAAGGCUACGUGGGCUUCUUCCACAGGACCGCUAUUGAUUUCUUUCGAGAUUCUGCCAUGUGGAACAAGUUGAUAAUGCUCGCGGGCAGUACCUUCGAUGCUGAUAUCACACUUCUCUUGGCCUGCCUUUGCGAAAUGAAAAUCCUCCCUCCAAAAGAUAGUUCGACCAUGGACGCGGAUCACAUCGUCAACGGCAUGACACAAUGUCUUGUUUAUGCAAGUUUCAUAGAGGACCGACAUCUGCGGGCGUUUCCCUCCGUCCUGGAUGAGGUCGAGCAAACAAUGAAAACUCACUGGCACUGGCAACGAGAAAAAUCGAAACAGGCGGAAUCGUUUUGGGAUGUGUUCUUGAUGUUGUCACAGUUCGAGCCUAUCAGCUCCGUUUCCUCUUGGUACCGACCGUAUCUUGGACAUUCCUUCUUGUUUCUUGCUAUAUCUCGUAACUGUGUUCUUUAUGCUGCCGAGAAGGCAUCUUUGCACGACGAGGUAUCGGAGGAGCUACGCGCACUAAUGGUGAUAACCAUCAUAUCAGACAAUUUCAUGCCGUACCUACCCGUCUCGAAUGAAGCGAAGUGGGACCGGAUGGACGAAUCUAGCAUCAUAGUAGCGAUCACCAAAGUUCUCGAAACCGAUCGACGCGCUCCGAAGCCAAUGGAUUUGGGCAGUUGUUGGAGAGAUUAUCUUAGCCUUGUGGACGGCCACGCUCAAAGUAGCGUACUACGACCACCCCGCUACGUAAACGGAGUGCUGCAGAUACUCGGCCUGUUUCUUGAGUCAGGCGUCGAUCCUGAUAUUAUGGUCACUUCAUACCCUGGGUACGACAACCUUAAGGUUCCUUCGGUAUCCAAAUCCGCGCAGACCAUCGUAGCGAAUUUUCUUGCCGCCGUGAAGAGCGCAAUGAACGGCGCCCUGGACCACGAUCCGCAAGCGGAAAAUGACUUCGACACCAUGUGCGAGAAGAUUCAAUUUCUUCUGAACACCGCAUCAAGGGAUCCGCGGCCGGAUCCGUCCAAACCAUCCGAAAUGGCGAAUCCUCCCAAACCCCGCAAGAGAUUCACGCGAUUGCGGAAGUUUCUACACUUCUUUUGA